AUGCUCACUAUCCUCAUAUCCGGAGCAGGCAUAUCCGGUCUCAGCGCGGCCAUCGCCCUUCGUCGCGCCGGCCACCGCGUCACGCUCCUCGAGCGGUCUCGUCUAGCAAACGAGCUUGGCGCCGCCAUCCAUAUUCCGCCCAACGCAUCUCGGGCGCUCCUGGCAUGGGGAUUCGACCCGCUGCGCUCCAAGGCCGUGCGUACACGUCGCCUACGCCGGUUCGACGGCGUCACGCUCGAGCCUCUUGGCCGGGACGGUGAAGAUCACAGCAGGAUAGAGGAGAAGUAUGGUGCGCCCUGGUUUCUAUUGCACAGAGUUGACUUGCACGACGAGUUGAGGAGGCUGGCAGAGGGCAUUGAAGGGAACGGCUUGCCGGUCCAGGUGCGGACGGGAUGUGAGGUUGUAGGAUACUCGGCGCAGAAUCCAGAUGCUCCGUCGUUGACUCUGGCCGAUGGAACUGUGAUGAAUGCUGACAUCGUCAUCGCCGCGGAUGGCGUGCAUUCACUGGCCGUCGAAGCUGUACUGAGUCAGCCGAACCCUGCUGUGCCAUCUUCAAAAAUGGACAAUGACAACUUUUGUUACCGAUUCUUGAUUCCUGCGGCAGAAAUCGAGGCUGACCCGGAGACCCAGUUUUGGAACGACAACUCGGAUGGAGUGAAUAGGUUUCUAGUUGGAAAGGGGAAGAGGAUUGUGUCGUAUCCAUGCCGAAAUAGUAACGAACAACACAACUUCGUCGCCAUCUUCCACCACGAGAACCCUUCGAUGAGUAAAGAAGACUGGCAGGCCACACUCCCAAAAGCAGAGCUUUUGAGCCGUUUCUCCGACUUCCACCCUAGUAUAGUCGCUAUUCUCAAGAAAGCCAACGAACCAAGUCAACACCCUCUACUCUACCGCCCGCCCAUACACUCAUACUACCGCCAACGGAUGGCGCUCGUGGGUGAUGCUGCACAUCCCAUGCUCCCUCACCAAGGCCAAGGGGGAGCCCAGGCUGUCCAGGACGGCGUUUGUCUCGGCAUUCUCCUCUCUGAUGAUCCGAAGGACCCAGGUAUCAUUAUGUCUAGGCUAGAACUGUACGACCGUAUCCGCCGCCCUAGGGCCAGCGUCGUGACGAUCUUUAGCAACGCCGGACAAGAUGAAGCCCACAAGGUGCGCGAAGAGGUAUAUAAGUACUUGGGCGAUGAGGCAAUACCGCAGAGCCCCUCAGAGUUCCAUGACUACAACUUUUCAUAUGAUGUGAUACAGGAUUCUAUUCGGUGGAUGAGGAAGGAGGUCAACCGUGACUUUGAACUAAGAAAUGGGUUCUUGCAUGAGGGCUAG